AGAUCUACAAGCGUCAGCGAACCGUCACCACGGCGACGGCGAACCAUCACCAUUAGUUACAGCUCUGCGGUCGCUUCGAACGUAAAGCAUGCACUUUGUCGUAAACCACUGGCAAAAAAGCUAAACAAACAACCGAAACAACGGCGCGGAUUUAAAGUAGCUACAGCUUCACAAGGACAUCGACGGUCAAUGGCUGCGUCUUCUUCGUCCUCUUCUGCGGGAGGUGUGAGCGGCAGCUCGGUGACUGGAUCUGGGUUCAGUGCUUCAGAGCUCAUCCCCCCCAGGAAAGUCCUGUACACGUACCCUAAAGGUGCAGGUGAAAUGAUGGAAGAUGGCUCUGACAGAUUUUUAUGUGAGUCCGUAUUCAGCUACCAAGUUGCCUCCACACUUAAACAAGUUAAACACGAUCAACAAGUGUCUCGAAUGGAGAAACUGGCGAGCUUGGUGGACGAGCUGGAAGCAGACGAGUGGCGAUACAAACCGAUCGAACAGCUAUUGGGAUUCACGCCGUCUUAAAUAAAACAAAAAACAAUCCAGAUGCCUUUUUACUUAAUAAAUCAGCCAAAUAGAAGGAGAUGGUUUACUUUACAGUUCAUGAAUUCUGUUCCUUCUUUUCUGGUUUUAUUCAUUAUCUUGUACGUGUGAAAUAUUAUCUGGAGAUACUGAAUGUGAAAUGUAUUAUUUUAUCACUUUUACUAUUGUACGAGCAUGAUUUGUUUUUAAAAACAAAAAAACAACUUGUUAUAUUUUAGCCAGCGUAUUAAAAUGAAAUCUUGUUACACACUAAUAACAAUUCAAAGUUUUGUAACAGAUUAUUCAUGGUUUUUUUUUCCCCCAGCUGGAUUAGUCUAAUAAAGUUGUUUUGCCAGUACAAUCUGCUCUUAGCCUCGGUAUCAAGGGAGGAAUAUCUCUGCUAACAUAAUAAAUCCCUUGAAGUGAGGCAUUGUGUUCGUCCACGGCUGCACUGUAACUCAUAAAUCCGAAAACCUGCUGCCUGCUCAACCUCUCCUCCUCCUCUCUCUCUCUCUCUCACACACAACACUCGGAGAAAAACAAAGAGAGCUUGUAAAUAAAGUCAUUCUUGGACAUUC